GAUGGAAGGUUCUGGAAGGUUGAACGGGGUAGAAGGCCUGUUGUGGAGGGAAACCACCCAACCUCCUGCCUGCCACCACCACCAUCAUCCUGGCUGGACGGAGAGGGUGACGGGGGCUGGGAAGGGGCAGCUCAUGUUCAGGUUUCCAGGAGGGGCUACCUGUUUACUGUCUUUGCAGGAAGAAGAAAACACCUGAGUGACCAGAUGUCCCAGCUCCAGGUGCCUUGCCAGAUGGCCAGAACCACACCUCUUGAAGAGUGACAGUACUGUGAAGCAUGGUUUCUGCACACCUUGAAUGAUUGGAACCCCAAAGACUCAAGAAGGAGCUAAAGAUCUUGAAGCAGACAUGAAUAAAACACAAGUUACUCCCAGGCUGUGGACCACCUGUCGAGAUGGAGAAGUCCUUCUGAGGCUAUCCAAACAUGGACCGGGCCAUGAGACCCCGAUGACCAUCCCUGAAUUUUUUCGAGAGUCAGUCAACCGAUUUGGAAUUUAUCCAGCCCUUGCAUCCCUGAAUGGCAAAAAAUGGGAAGUUCUGAAUUUCAACCAGUACUACGAGGCUUGUCGGAAGGCUGCAAAAUCCUUGAUCAAGCUGGGCUUGGAGCGUUUCCACGGAGUUGGCAUCCUGGGGUUUAACUCUGCGGAGUGGUUUAUCACUGCUGUUGGCGCCAUCCUAGCCGGGGGUCUCUGUGUUGGUAUUUAUGCCACCAACUCUGCCGAGGCUUGUCAAUAUGUCAUCACUCAUGCCAAAGUGAACAUCUUGCUGGUUGAGAAUGAUCAACAGUUACAGAAAAUCCUUUCGAUUCCACAGAGUAGCCUGGAGCCCCUAAAAGCCAUCAUCCAGUACAGACUGCCAAUGAAGGAGAACAACAACUUGUACUCUAAGGAGCUGAAAGUCAUGGAGUUUAUUUUGGUUUUCCCUCCAUGCAAGGCGAGGCACCUUGGAUUGUCCCUUAUGUUACAGAUCACGUGGAUGGCAGGAGCAGUGGCAAAGGACUUUAAACUGACAGAAAAGCAUGAGAUGGUGGUCAGCUACCUCCCACUCAGCCACAUUGCAGCACAGAUGAUGGACAUCUGGGUACCCAUAAAGAUUGGGGCGCUCACAUACUUUGCUCAAGCAGAUGCUCUCAAGGGCACCUUGGUAAAUACUCUACGGAAGGUAAAACCCACUAUCUUCAUGGGAGUGCCCCAGAUUUGGGAGAAGAUACAUGAGACAGUGAAGAAAAAUAGUGCCAAGUCCACAGGCUUGAAGAAGAAGGUGUUCGUGUGGGCAAGAAACAUUGGCUUCAAGGUCAACUCAAAGAAGAUGUUGGGGAAAUAUGAUACUCCCAUGAGCUACCGCGUGGCUAAGACUCUCGUGUUCAGCAAAGUCAAGACGUCCCUUGGCUUGGAUCACUGUCACUCUUUCAUCAGCGGGGCUGUGCCUCUCAACCAAGAGACUGCCGAGUUCUUUCUAAGCUUGGACAUACCUAUAGGCGAGUUGUAUGGGUUGAGUGAAAGCUCGGGACCCCACACGAUAUCCAACCAGAAUAACUACAGGCUUCUAAGCUGUGGCAAGAUCUUGACUGGGUGCAAGAAUAUGCUGUUCCAGCAGAACAAGGAUGGUAUUGGGGAGAUCUGCCUCUGGGGUAGGCACAUCUUCAUGGGCUACCUGGAAAGUGAGACUGAAACUACAGAGGCCAUCGAUGAUGAAGGCUGGCUACACUCUGGGGAUCUGGGCCAGCUGGACAGUCUGGGAUUCCUCUAUGUCACUGGCCGCAUCAAAGAAAUCCUUAUCACUGCUGGUGGUGAAAACGUGCCCCCCAUUCCCGUUGAGACCUUGGUUAAGAGGAAGAUCCCCAUCAUCAGUAACGCCAUGUUAGUAGGAGAUAAACUGAAGUUUCUGAGCAUGUUGCUGACGCUGAAGUGUGAGAUGAAUCAGAUGAGCGGAGAACCUCUGGACAAGCUGAACUUGGAGGCCAUCAACUUCUGCCGGGGUCUGGGAAGCCAGGCAUCCACCGUGACUGAGAUUGUGAAGCAGCAAGACCCCCUGGUCUACAAGGCCAUCCAGCAAGGCAUCAAUGCUGUGAACCAGGAAGCCAUGAACAAUACACAGAAGAUUCAAAAGUGGGUCAUCUUGGAGAAGGACUUUUCCAUCUAUGGUGGAGAGCUAGGUCCAAUGAUGAAACUUAAGAGACAUUUUGUAGCCCAGAAAUACAAAAAACAAAUUGAUCUCAUGUACCACUGACUGCUUUGAUGGAGCUGCUGUCACCUGUUCUGAUGCCUUCGGCAGGAAGACCUCAUUGCAAUAAGUGAAAUGCUGCUCUGGGUAGAAGCUCUUCCUGCUGUUUUUAAGGAGCCACAUUCCUCCUUGGUCAGUUUCUUGAUUGUUCGUCUGUUGAAGAGGUGCUCCCUAGAAGAACCUGCCAUACGUUUCAAAGCACGAAAAUCAUCGUAGAUCUUUCUACGGACCUUCAAGUCAUGACCCCAGGGAAGCCUUACUGGGAAGUCUACCAAGAGCUGCCUGAUUUGGAAGAAAGAUCUGAACUUGUGGGUUCCCAUUUGAUUUUUUUUUUUCUCCUCAGGGGACUUAAAGAGACAUUAGAAAGAAAAAGCCUUCACAGAUUUGAAGAACUGGGCCCCCAAAUGAACUCACCUGCCUGGAAGCAACUGGGAAACCCUUCCAAUAAGUUCUGAUAAUAAAGCACUUCAGGGCCCCAUGUCUUGAU